GAGAUUCAUGCGUUUCACUUCCCGCAUAUGUCUCUCCCUUCAACACAAACCCCUUUCUCAGGAAACAAACUUAUUCAAACCGCGUUCGUUCGUUUCUCUGCAAUCGGAAAAGAGCCAUUAAUUCAACAGAAGAAGAAAAAUAAAUAAAAAGGAAAGGAGGGAGUGGGUGCGGGGUUUUGAUGGAUAGAAUCGAAGAAGAAGAAUAAUAAUAGUACUCACAUAAAUCAUCAGAGCACCCAUCUCGAUCUCCUCUCCCCGGCCUGCUUACAUUUACAUUGUUGUUUUCUUCUUCAGAUCUUGUUCGACGACGGCAAGAUCGACGACAAUGGUGGCGGAGGAGAACAAAAAGUACAUUACUUCGGAGGAGCUGCGCAAGCACAGCGCCAGGGGAGAUCUGUGGAUUUCCAUCCAGGGCAAGGUCUACGACGUGACCGAGUGGAUUCAGCGCCACCCCGGCGGCGACGUCCCCAUCCUCGAUCUCGCCGGCCAGGACUGCACCGACGCCUUCAUCGCCUUCCACCCCGGCACCGCCUGGAAGCAUCUCGACCCCUUCUUCACCGGCUACUACCUCCGGGAUUACCGCGUCUCCGAGGUCUCCAGGGACUACAGGGCCAUCUGUUCCGACUUCUCCAGAGCCGGCCUCUUCGACAACAAGGGCCACGGCGUCGUCUACUCCUUCUCCUUCAUCGCCCUCCUCCUCUCCCUCUGUCUCUACGGCGUCCUCCGCUGCCACACCCUCCUCGCCCACGUCCUCUCCGGCGCCCUGCUGGGCCUCGCCUGGAUGCAGAUUUCCUACCUCGGCCACGAUUCCGGCCACUAUAACAUCAUGACCACCCGCGGAUUCAACAAAUUCGCCCAGAUCCUCACCGGAAACUGCCUCACCGGGAUCAGCAUCGCCUGGUGGAAGUGGACCCACAACGCCCACCACGUCGCCUGCAACAGCCUGGACCACGACCCCGAUCUGCAACACCUCCCCGUCCUGGCCGUCUCGCCCACAUUGUUCCGAUCCAUCCAGUCCUGCUUCUACGGGCGAGAGCUCACAUUCGACCCCCUCGCCCGGUUCCUGGUGAGCUACCAGCACUUCACCUUCUACCCCGUGAUGUGCGUCGCCCGGGUGAAUCUCUACCUGCAGACGUUCCUGCUCCUCCUCUCGAAGAGGAGGAGAGUUCCCGACAGGGCGCUGAACAUCCUGGGGAUCCUGGUGUUCUGGGCGUGGUUCCCUCUCCUGGUCUCCUGCCUCCCCAACUGGACGGAGAGGGUGGUGUUCGUGCUGACGAGCUUCUGCGUGUGCUCGAUCCAGCACGUGCAGUUCUGCCUGAACCAUUUCGCGGCCAACGUGUACGUGGGGAGGCCGGAGGGGAACGACUGGUUCGAGAAGCAGACGAGGGGGACGAUCGACAUAAGCUGCACGGAGUGGAUGGACUGGUUCUUCGGGGGGCUCCAGUUCCAGCUGGAGCACCACCUGUUCCCGAGGCUGCCCAGGUCCCAGCUGAGGAACAUCUCCCCCGUGGUUCAGGCCCUCUGCAAGAAGCACAACUUGCCUUACAGGAGCCUCUCCUUCAUCCAGGCCAAUCUCACCACCCUCCAAACCCUCAGAUCCGCCGCACUCGAGGCCAGGGAGAAUCUCCUAUGGGAAGCUGUCAACACCCAUGGCUGAGGCAGAUCUUUCUUCUUGUUUGUUUGUUUGUUUGUUUUGUUCUUCUACUUCUACUGCGGAGUACUACUACUAUAUAUCUCUAUAAGCAUUCCCUCUUGUUCCUUUCUUCUGGUUUUUCAAUGGCAGUUUUAUCUCCUCAUGAAUGACUUCUUCUUGUCAUUUCGAAUUUCAUUAAUCUGUGGUUCUCACUUCAUCUUUUGACAGAACAAUAAACCAUAGCUUCUUUGUCUAU